AUGUUUUCCUUUACUUGCUGUGUCAGUAUCGAGAGCAAACACGAAGUCACGAUCUUAGGAGGACUCAAUGAAUUUGUUGUGAAGUUUUAUGGACCACAAGGAACACCAUAUGAAGGUGGAGUAUGGAAAGUUAGAGUCGACCUUCCUGAUAAAUACCCUUUCAAAUCCCCGUCUAUAGGAUUCAUGAAUAAAAUUUUCCAUCCCAACAUCGACGAAGCGUCAGGAACUGUAUGUCUAGAUGUAAUCAAUCAAACUUGGACAGCUCUCUACGAUCUCACCAAUAUAUUUGAAUCGUUCCUGCCCCAGCUGCUGGCCUAUCCUAACCCUAUAGAUCCUCUAAAUGGUGACGCUGCGGCCAUGUACCUCCACCGACCAGAAGAGUACAAACAGAAAAUUAAAGAAUACAUUCAGAAAUAUGCAACAGAAGAAGCACUAAAAGAACAGGAAGAAGGCACCGGGGACAGCUCAUCCGAGAGCUCCAUGUCCGACUUCUCGGAAGAUGAGGCUCAGGAUAUGGAAUUGUAGUAGAAGAGGCAACCUGCUUUUCAGAGAGACUCUUAAUUUCCUAACCAUGAGAAGCAGACUAUAAUAUUCAUAUUUAAACAAAGCAAUUUUUUUUAUUACUAAACAAGGUUUUUAUGAAUAAUAGCAUUGAUAUAUAUAUAUAUAUAUCACCCUUUAGAUCUUGAUUUUUCUUGGUCAUUUCUCGAACCCGAGGUGCAUAGCAUAUUCCCACAUUCCAUUUUGGUAGCAAUAUGCAGCCCGAAUGCAUGCAUUCAAAUUCCAUUUGGCCAAGUCAACUUGUGUGCUACUGGACUGUCAGCUAAAACGGCUGCUCUGAUAGGUAGGGAGUUAGCAAAGAUGUUUGCUUUCUUAUCAGUGUUUCCAAAGACACCAGCUUGGAUGCUAUACCGUGGAACAGCACUUUCUCAAAGUUAAAAAUGAAAAAAAAAAUCUGGGGGAUGCUGUGCUAACCGUGUAGAUCAGACAGUGAAGUGAAAGGUGCUCCUUCAGGUCAACCUUGCUGAGCAGAUUUGUUGUGGAGUCGCAUUAAAAACCAACUAAAACACCACAAAUGCAUGGAGCUCUUCAGAGCGCUGAAGCUUAAAAAUGUUGACUUGGAUUUUAAGUCCGUUUUUAUAUGUGGACUCCUGGCUGCCCUCUGAACUGUAGGGACUGACAACCACUGGUCUGUUUGCUUUGGGGACUCUCAAGCCUUCAUCUGGAUGUUACCCACUUGCUUGGUCUGGAUUAUGAGCUGUUCCCUUUUUUUUUGGAGG